AUGGCCCACCCAAGCCAACAGUCCAACGUCAAGGCGGGACUUGGUCAAACAGCCCACCAAGACAAAGAAAAUGUCAACCCUCCAGACCUGAAGGCUCGUCUUGAAGUCCGCUCCGACGCCAAGAAGCUCAGCGGUGCCGAGGAUCACAUACACGAACCCAAUGUGGCAAAAGCCCCAGCGGUUCCAGGUAUGCUCUUGCAGCCAACCCGAGACGGCUACAACUUGCACAAGGGCAUGUUCCAGUCGACCUUCAACGGCUCUCCGAAGCCCACACAGCGCCCAUGGCUCCAGAAUUUGAGCCUCGCCUACGGUGCGACCGACGACGAAAAAGAGCCUGGGACGUGUUCAUCCGGCCAAUACGACCAUGCCAUGGACUGGUUCAACGCCCCACUGGAGGCUAUGCAGUGGCCCGAGCAUCCCGAGACCGCGACAACAGUACAACGAAACUCUUCUGAAAUGGAGGCGCCUCCGGGAAACCAAGCUCAGCCUUGGAAACCGGCUUUUGUGUUGGCGAAUCAACAGCCAAACCCCUUCCAACUACCCCAGAAGCGAAAGGGCAGCAACAUCAAGGAAGAGAAACAGAGUUCCCCGACUUCAUGGCAGUUGCGGCGGCCCCGUGAGAUGAUGGCAAGGCAUGAAGACCCGCUCAGCCCAUCGACGGGUCGGAAGAGGGUCAAGCGCGAGCAAGAUGACCAGGUCGUUCCCAAGCCCAACAGCCGUGCACCUUACCUUGCCCUGCUCGUCGCUGCCAUACCUCUCGCGGACCAAGCCGACCCCUUGCAGGUAAGGAUAUCUCACAGCCUCCGACAAGCCCUUGAAGACCAAGAAGAGGGAGAGACACAAGACGGAGAUAUCCUCUCGGAGUAG